UCAACAAAAUAUGGCUCCAUUGAAGGAUUGAAAGAGUGGCUCUACGUGUAUGAAGUGAAUGUAACUUGUUAGAUUAUUACAGUACUCGUCAUGGACAACAGAUAUCACCUCGCUCCGUCAGACACGCAGCAGCCUCCUCUCUAUAAUGGCGGUUAUCUGGAGCCACCGUACGCCGCUAACAGACCUCCGCCGACCGGCGCGGCUCAUGAACCAACACGUCCGGACCAGAGUGCUCCUCAGUGGGCACCUUCUCAGGGAUAUGACGGACACCCGUUCGGAUUUAAUCGCGAUUUCCCCGCUCCUGUUCCCGUAGGAGGGGGUUUCGGAGGGCCUCGGUUGCCUCCUCCGUACGGAUUUGACCCCUCCGUCCCGCCGCCUCCUUUCGGCUGUCCUCCACCAGGACACUUCCCCAACAUGGUGACCCCCCCUCCGAUACCCACAUACAGCAGCCAGGGAGUCUCAACGUUUCAGACAUUUCCCCAGCAGUUUAACCCUCCUCAGCCUGCUCGGUUUGACCUGGACCCCGGGCAGAAACAGCAGCAGGAGUAUGAGGACUACUCCGAGGGUGGAGCUCCGUAUGGCUGCCCACGGUUCCCCCCGCAGGGUCAGGACCAUGACAGGAGUCCGGGACCAACAACUCAACCUGAGGAUGAAGCAGCUGUGCAGAGGAGGCAGGAUCGACAGUGGCUCGGACGUUUCUUACAAAGCAGAGACAAAACCUCCCCACAGAUCCUCCAGCAGGAGCAGCAGACACCCCACAGCUCUGUCCCGGACCUGAGACAGGCUCUGUACCGGGCAGCUCAGCUCGUCUCCCAGCUGGCUCAGUCCUGUGAAACUCUGAGGAACAACCUGGAGGAUGAGUCUGUUUGGGCGGACUCGUAUUCAGUGGCUUUAAAUGUGAAGAGCGAGCUACAGGACAAACUCAGAGUCCUCAGUGACACUGAGAGUUUGGACAGAUUAAAAGCUAAAUUAUCUCGGAUUACAAAGACGAGGGCCCGGAGACAGAGAGCCAGGAAACUGCUCCAGAUGGAGGAGAAACUGAGAGAGGAGCGAAUCACUGAGAAAGAGGCUGCCAUUAAUAAAUGGAGGAUGCAGCAGAUACAUGAGGUGGAGGAGAAGAAGAAGGAGCGGGAGCUGAAACUGGCCGCAGACUCUGUUCUCUGUGAGGUGAGGAAAAAGCAGGCAGACGUGAAGAGGAUGCAGGACAUCCUGAGAUCUCUGGAGAAACUGCGCAGACUGAGGAAAGAGGCUGCAUUGAGGAAAGGUAUCGUCACCCAACCAGAGUGUGACGAGGCGUUCAGCAGCAGACUGGAGCAGCUGAGGAGUGUGAUGAAGAAGAGGACGGCGGUUUACUCAGCAGAGGAGAAAGCUCUGAUGGUGAUGCUGGAAGGAGAGCAGGAGGAGGAGAGGAGGAGAGAGCGGGAGAAACGAGUGAAGAAGGAAAGGGAGAGACACCUGCAGAGGAAACAGAGAGUGAACGCCAUGUUGUUUGGAGAUGAGCUUCCUGCUGAUUCUGUUCUGCAGCCCUUCAGAGGAUAUUACACGCAGGCCGAGCGCUCACUGCACGCUUUACUACAAAUCAGGAGAGAGUGGGAUGUGUUUGUGGUUCCAGCAGAUCAUCCCGACGGUUCUUCGGUUCCUCAGAGCUGGAUCCUGCCAGACGCUCCGUCAGACCAGGCCUGGGCCUCUGCUCUGCAGACUGCUGACACUGAGUGAGACAGCUUCUGACUCACUGUAUGUACAGUCUACCAGUGCCUGACAUCCAACACUAAAUCCAAACAUACACUGCAGGAGUCUGUGGGAGGACUGUUGGUGUAAAGCCAGCUGAGGAGCGCAUGUAAACAAGACCAUAAGGAGCAAAGACGUUUGUAGAGCAUUUAGAAGUUGUUUGUUCCAAAGCUGUUGACUUGAACAGGAAAAAGAGACAAUGAACUUGUGAUCUGUUCACUUUGAUAUCUUUUUCAAGCGAUCUGCAGCGUGUUGGCGCUGUCAGACUGUUAAUGUCUGAUUUAAUAAAUGAUGACAGUGAUGAGACGAGAACUGCAGAGGUCACAGAGUGAAAUGCUGCUGCUGUCGUGGAGAUACUCUGAGUCAAUAA